GUCAGAACACUCAGACUCUCCUCCUUCCUUUCUCACGGUAGGAAAAUGGCAGAGGUCUGUAUUUCAGUAGAUCAGUUUUCACUGGACCAGUUCAGCUGUCCAGUGUGUCUGGACCUCCUAAAUGAUCCUGUAACUAUUCCUUGUGGCCACAGUUACUGUAAGGUGUGUAUUAAUGGCUGCUGGGAUCAGGAGGAUGUGAAGGGUGUCUACAGCUGUCCUCAGUGUAGAGAGACUUUCACUCCAAGGCCUGUUCUACGCAGGAACAACAUGCUGGCUGAAGUGGUGGAGAAGCUGAAGAAGACUGAAGUCCAAGCUGCUUCUCCUGCUCACUGUUCCUCUGGACCUGGAGAUGUGGAGUGUGAUUCCUGCACUGGAAAAAAACACAAAGCCAUCAAGUCCUGUCUGGUGUGUAAGACCUCCUAUUGUGAAGAUCAUCUUCAACCUCACUAUCAGUCUCCUGCCUUUAAGAAGCACAAGUUAGUGGAAGCCUGUGCAGAGCUCCAAGAGAAGAUCUGCUCUCAGCAUGGGAAACCGAUCGAGAUCUACUGUCGUACUGACCGAAGCUUCAUCUGUUACUUGUGUACGAUGGAUGGACAUAAAGGUCACGAUACAGUUGCAGCUAAAGCAGAAAGAACUAAAAAGCAGAAUGAGCUCAAGGAGGAGCAGAUGAAAUCCCAGGGGAGGAUCCAGGAGAAACAGAAGAAGGUGGAGGAGCUGAAACAAGCAGUGGACACUAUUAAGAAACGUUCACAGGCAGCAGUAGAUGAGAGUGAGAGGAUCUUUACUGAGCUGAUCAGCCUUAUGGAGAAAAAGCGCUCGGAGGUGACGGAGCUGAUCAGAGCUCAGGAGAAAGCUGAACUGAGUCGAGCUGAACGACUCCUGAAGCAACUGGAGCAGGAGAUUGCUGAUCUUAAGAGGAGAGUCACUGAGCUGGAGCAGCUUUCACACACACACGAUCACAUCCACUUCCUCCAGAGUUUCCCGUCUCUCUGUGUUUCUCCUGGAUGUGAGGACUCACCCAGCUUCACUGUCAAUCAACAUCUCUCAUUUGUUGGAGUGCAGAAAUCUCUCUCAGAUCUGAAAAAACGAGUCGAGGAAAUCUGUGAGGAGAAAUUCAACAAAAUCCAUACACAAGCUGCAGCAGUUCAGAUGAUUUUACCUCCAGAACUAAAGAGCAGAGAAGAUUUCCUGCAGUAUUUCUGUUAUCUAACUCUGGAUCCAAACACAGCACAUCGUCAACUCAUCCUGUCUGAGAAGAACAGGUCAGCGGCAUACUGUCAGACAGAACAGCCCUACUCUGAUCAUCCGGAUAGAUUUGACUACUACACUCAGGUCUUGUGUAAUGAAAGUGUGUGUGGACGAUGUUACUGGGAGGUGGAGUGGAGCGGUGGUGUGGACAUAUCUGUCUCAUAUAAUGAGAUCAACAGGAAAGGAGGGGGUGAUGAUUGUUUAUUUGGAUACAACAGUGAGUCCUGGAGUCUGCGUUGUUCUUCUUCCUCCGUCUGUUUCUGGCACAACAAUAUUGAGACGGAGCUCAGACGUCCAGCGUCCUCCAAAUUAGGAGUGUAUGUGGAUCACAGUGCAGGAACUCUGUCCUUCUACAUCGCCUCUGACAUAAUGAGGCUCCUCCACAGAGUCCACACCACAUUCACUCAGCCUUUAUUUGUUGGGUUCAGGGUUUGGAGUAAUGACUCAACUGUCAGGUUUAGUGAUUUGAAAUGAAAUGCCACACAAUAUUGAACAUUUUACUCUCAGCGACUGCUGUCUGUGAAUGCCUGUUAGGACACACAUAGACUAAUUAAACACCAAUCAGUCUAAGCCUUAGUGCUACAAACAGACUUCAGGUAAACUCCGCUCUUUGAGAUUUACCUCGUUGCUUAUGGGAUGACGUUACCUAUGAUGUGGAUGAGGUGAUGUCAUCAGAAUAUACCAGAAGAAGGGAUCUGUAAACCAUCCAUCCCACCCUUUCCCAUUUCUUACCAUCUUAUUUAUAUAUUUACUGCUGCAGAAUUAUUAUACCUUGCUAAUAGUGCAGAACCCUCAAUGAUUAAUCAAAAUUAGCAAACGCUUUGUGUUCUGUACAACAUUGUUAUCUGUAUGCACUAAUGGCAGACUUACAUAAUCAUAACACUGGGUAUUGCUCUUUUAAUUCCAAACAUGAAACUUUUUUGUAAAGACUGUGUUUUUAGAAACAAUAAAUCUUCUUUAAACUG